UCUCUGACAGGGCGCAUCAGAUGGAGAGGAGCCAGAGCUCUGUUUUCUCUUGCGCAUAUCACUCCCAGACUCGAUCAUAAUAAGGGCAAAUGGGGACAGAACUGAGAGGAAGGGAGCAAAGUGUGGACUUCCAACUGAGUCCCAAAUGUCCAGCUCGUGACCUAAAAGGGGGAGUCCCACUGAUGGAUCCGUGAGGGAAGGAAAUUCAAAGGACCAGAAAGGACAGGACAUUCCAGUGAACUCCGGUUGAUGGUAUAACGCCAACGCUAGGAUGCUGAUUUACGACUGGGGGUAUGGGAUUUGCAGGUUGGACUCCCCAUAAAACAAGACGUUCAUUAUCCUCGCAGGCCUCGGGAAAACUGAUGGACAAACAAGAUGAGCACAAGCCGGAUGACGAGAAAGUCAUCAAAAUAUUAACGGAACAAGGCCACUUUGAAGAAACUACUUGGUGGCACCUCAGGAAAGAGAUCAAAGUGAUGAGGAAGUAAAGGAAGAUGAGUUGAACAGCAGGAGGGAUCACGAAAUGAGUGAGGAAAGAGGGGAUGAAAGUGAAAAGAGGAAAGAUGGUGCAAAAACCUGCCGAUGAAUCGAGAUGUUGGUAGAUCCUUGUGGUGCCGGUAGUGGUCUCCGCGGUCGUAUUCUUCUCCAGCAAGCCAAUGACUGCAGUGGGGUUGAUUGUGCGUUUAUCUCACUCUUGACAAAGCAAGCUGACUACCGGGAUUGACGGAACACACGAGACUGUGGCGCCAUUCACCCACACCACCGCUCUUGCUUUGCAAAAGCAGAUCCAUCUACCAGAGAGGGAGGCCAGGCCACCCAGAACGGCGUCGUCAAAGAGCCGCUUUGAUGUGGCGUCAGCAUAUACUGUAUGUGGUGCAAGGGAGCGAUCACUGCAAAAAUAACGCAGCGGAUUGAUGGGAAAUUCCUCCGCCUCCUUCAUGGGGACCUUUCUGGCCAGCAGUCUGGGCUCGCCCCCUUCCCACCCGUCUCACCAUUCCCGGCCGCCCUCCUCGCCUUCCUCGCCCUCCUUCCGGGGCGGACCCCAUUCCGGCGCAUCGCAAAUCUGGUUCUCCCAUUCGCAUGAAGCCGCCGCGGGGUAUCCUCGAUUCUCAGGGAGUCUGGCCCACACUUUUCUUCCCAUGAGCCACUUGGAUCACCAUGCCAACGGCGGAGUUCUCUAUGGUCAACACCGUUUCUAUGACACCCAAAAAGAGAACUUCUACAUUCGAAGUCUACCAUCACAGCCACCGCUCAUCUCAACUAAUCACAGUCUGACACCAUUGUCCAGGGCAGGCCCAGGACUCUCCCAGGGGCCUUGCAGCAGAGAAAGAGAUCCAGGCGGUGGAACAAGUCUGCUUAAGAGUCUUAAAGAGGGAACUAUGGAGAGAGGAGUGGGACCUGUCAAAGACAAGGAGCGCUCUAAUAGCAAACAGGAGGCAAAGGAAAGACAACAGCAACAGCAGCAGCAGCAGCAGCAUCACAGCCACCAGUCUGCCCUGCCCACACACCAUCAUCACCACCAUUCCCACUCCCAUCAACAGCACCCGCACUAUCCCCAACAUCCACUGCCCCUGGAGGAGGUCAACAGCCGAGCCCUGGAGAGGCACAAGGCUUCACUCCCAAUGGAGUACAGCAAGGAUCCACAAAUUAUGGGCAAGCCUUUGAGUGCUUGCUUGCACAACGGCAAGAUACAAAAUGGAGAGACAGGAAAUGCGGCCGGGCCUAAGACGUCUAUGCCCAGUUGCGGAGGGGAGGGCACACCUCUGGGAACUAUUGGAGGCGGAGGGAACAGUCAUGGCAGACAUAUGGGAUCUAGUGGAAAUAGCCGCUGCACCAAAGAGGGGAUAAGUGGGGAGAUGCGGAUUAGUGAACAACCAUCAGACUGCCUAGAAAGGGGUCAGGCACCACUCCACCACUCUUUGUCUUACUCUGUACCCCCACCCUUACAAUUGGGUUCUACUGGAGCGGCACACCCCCAUCCACACCCGCACACUCACCCCCAUACACAUGCGCACCCUGGAGGCUUCCACUGCCUUCAGCUUCACCCAAGCCACCCGCACCAUCCGCAUCCUUCCCACCAUGCUCACCACCACCCAGAAUUCUUCUGUCCACCGCCUCCUGCCCCACUAGGUAACCCUGCCUCACAUGACAGGGGACAAGCAAAUGCAGGGCGUGAACCUAAAGUCACAGCGCCUACAUUUGUGCCAUCUGUGGCAGACACAGGGGAAAAACAUGGUGGGCCAUUCCAGCUUAGUAACCCCGAUUGCCAGAUUGUUGGCAGUGGAGGUGGAAAUACCAAGGACAAAAAUGUGGACAAAAAUGGAGGUGGUGGACAUCACAGUAAUUGGCAUAGAAAACAACAACAGCAACAACAAGAGCAGCAACAGCAUGCGUACAGAAAGACUGAGAAGGCUCCAGACUGGAUGCAGUCCCACCACCAUCAUCUCCAAGCCGCCCAGCUUCCUCCUCCAAUUCAACAACCGCAGAAGCAGCACCAGGCUGUACGCUCACGCAGUGUUGAGUGCGUAAACAAUGCUGUUGACAUGGACAUGUUCAGAUCCUCAUUGCCCCAGGGACCCAAGACUGGACACUCUGUCCCCCAUUCUGUCAACACUUCUCCUUACAGAGACUGUUCCCAUCCAGGACCCCCACCGAAUUCCUCCCCACUUGGAAACAAAAACAUGAGUCAGCAUAGUGGUCCGGGUGGUAGCUGCUCCUUACAGAGAGAUGGCCAAAAAGUAGCCAGGAUUCGCCACCAGCAGCAUGGACGACCUGGCCCAGAUGCUCCUUCUCCGGGUGACCUAAACCACGGAACGGUGCAGGAGAUGAAGCGAAAAAUUGACAUGUCCGCUUACAGUUACAGCAGCAACAGUGGGCAGCAGCACCACCAGCAGCCCCCUGUGCCGCAAUGGGCCAUGAGACCCCCUCAGCACAUGCCACACAAUGAGGAGGAACAGAGAAAGUCCUACAUGGAGUUAGGAAGCAGUACUAUGCAACAUUCACAGCAACAGCAGCAGAGAAUGAAUCUGCCUCCUCAGCCAACACCUGCACCUCCAGUCGGUCAGCAACAGCAGCAACCACAGCAACAACCUGAGCCCCAAGGCUCAACUCGGGCAGAGAGCAGUGCCAUGAAAAGCUUACUUAAGUACAGCAACCAGCAACAGCCACAGCUCCUCUCGCAGAAAACCCCAUUUGGUGGUCUUGGGAGCCUAAAAUCAGGCCCUGCUGGAGGAAGCUGCGCCCUUCAGAUAAACAAACAGAGUCUACCGUCGAGAAAAGGCCCGAUCAAUGACAGCGAGCGUCCUGAUUACAGUGGACGACACCGGGAUAUCGGGGAAGCGGGCCACGGGGAAGGCGAGGUGCGGCAGCCGCCGGUUGGGAUUGCGGUGGCCGUGGCAAGACAAAGGGAGCCGUCGUGUCGUUCAUCAGACGGUCAUUCCACCAGCAGACAUGGCAGGGUUCAUCCCACCGUGAAAGGACCACCCCACACCAUGUAUCCCUCAGAUCCAAGUACUGAGCAGGAGAGGAAAAUGAUGAGCGGGGAACAGAUAGGUCUGACGUGUUUGGACAGGGAUCGAGACGCAUAUAUCAGAGAUAAUAAGGAGAGGGUGGAGUUCUCAAGGAUCCAUCCCUCCAACAGCUGUCACGGGGACCUUACUUCUCAUCUCAUGGUCCCAGGCGGGACUUCCCUCCAAUCUGGCCAAUUAGCAGACCCUGCUGCGCAUUCUGCUCACCACCAUUGGAUGCCAAGAACUGGAAGCCCAUCCCUUUGGAUGACCGGACACUCUUAUGCAGGUAUAGGCCAUACAGCCCUGCACCAGAAUCUUCCCCCUGGUUUCUCCGCAGCCAUGCCAGGCGCUCUCCAACCGGUCCUUCCUCUGCCUCAGGAUCCCUCUGCCCAGUUGGUGGUCCUUCCCACGGACGCCCCUGCGCAUCCUGCACCCCACCACCUUGAUGUGAUGGAACAGCCAGGGCUUUGGCCCCCAGUGUACACCGCCCGGGGCCCAGCCUCCCACAUGCAGCAUCCCACCGUGUACUCUCGAUCCCAGUUUCUACGGCAACAGGAGCUUUACGCUCUCCAGCAGCAUCAACAGCUUCAGCAUCAGCACCAAAGCCACCAGUCGCAGCAAAUGCAUGCACAGCCUCAUCAGCCCCAGCAGCAGCAGCAGCAACAACAGCAACAGCACAAACCUGUGCAUAGCAUGGAUAUGCAACAACAAGCCCCUCACAAUGCACAGAUGCAGAAGAGGGCAGAUGAACCCUCUGUUGACCUGGAGGAACUUAUCCCCAAACCGAGGACAUCGAAACCAUCCAAGCCCUACUCCUACAACCCCCCUCAAAGGAACACCUCCCCCCCUGGAGCCUGCACUGCCCUCUUGUCCCCUUGUUGCCAGUCCCCUUCAAUGCGCCCACAUCCCAAAAGCACUCCCUCAACACCUUGCCCCGCUCCCAGCCCCGCUGUUACGGCCCCCCGCUCUCCUACCAUUAGUCCAGCCUCGUCCCAGAUGCCCAAAGGGGCCGACCCCCAAGAUAAGCGAGGGGAAGGCCAGGCCCCGCAAGAUUACCCAGAAUCUUUGGAGCCUGACCUGCCUCCGGGAUACACCUAUUCUGCUGUCACGAUUGGCUACAGGAGCGGGCCUUCUCCUCGGGAUAUCCAGCUUGCGGAGCCAGCCGACCUGGAGGCGAUCCAAUCUGAGCCCUCCGAGCAUGCCCCGCAGUCCCUCUCCGGCCUAGGGGAAGGCCUGGACUGCCAAGUGGUGGUCAGGCCUCUCCCGGAGCCAAAUGCACCCAAGGAAGUAGAGCAGAGAGAUGAGAGGAGCAUCAUCGAGGGAGUCCUGGACCAGAGGGAGGAGGUGGAGCCAGCAGUGGUGACAGUAGCCAACUAUGUAUCAGGGGAGAAUGAGGUGGAGGAGCAGGGGGCCGCCGAGGAAGAGGUGCUUGUCUGCCCCCCUGCUGACAGCCCGGUGUGCGAGGCUGCUUCCUGUCCAGUGCCCCUUUGCACGGAGGAACCUGAAAGGUCAGAGACUAUCAUCACCUUGGAAGAUGACGACAAGCCUAUGGAUGAGGAGAGCCAGGUGGAGCAUGUUAUGUCAGAAGAGCAGAAGCCAGUACUGGGCACCAUCGUAGAGCUCAACCCUACAACCCCGGCAGCCCUUGAGGAGCAGUCUGGAUCCACGGAAGAAGUAAAGGACAGCAUGCAGCAGCAGCAGCAGGGGAAUAAAAUGGCCGCUGACAACGCCUCGAUGGAUAUGGUUUGUCUUUCCCCUGCCGCAGCGUCUGUCCCGAACCCAAGACAGGCGACUGCUGCUGAAUCCCCAAAACCUCUUGUGCCCUGCUACUGGAGCCUUGAGCUGCUCAUUGCUGCAGCUUUCUGCACAGACAUACCCCCAUUUCCCAUGCUUCCUUUUAACACGCCAUCAGUCGGCCAAUCACAGCCCAAGCCCUGCCAGGGUAUGGAGCUUCUCAGUGAAGUGGCUGAGCUAGAGUUACAACAGAAAAGGCACAGCAAUGGGGAAAGCAAAGAGGAGGAGUUGCUGAUGUUUGACCUUCACAGCCUCGCAACUCUGGCGACAGCCCGAUCACUGGAGACGAGUUCACAGGAAGGCAACAGUGCGUGUUCGGGUCGACAAUUCCCAGCCCGCAAGACCGUCAACUUACGUCGAAAAUGCAGCUGGACACCGCGCAACGAACCAGUGUGCCAAGCUAAAGGCAGCAUGGAAACGAUGGACGGUCCUGAGCUUGAAAUGCGUGUCAAGUUGGCCGAGCUUCAGCGUCACUACAAAGAGAAGCAGAGGGAGCUGGCUAAGCUACAGAGGAAACACGAUCAUCAAAAAGAAGAAACGCCACGUAGCCCAGCACGAAGAGGACCGGGACGACCCAGGAAGAAGAAGCCCAUCCUCACCACAAGCUCGGUGUCGUCUGAGGGCCAAAGAAAAGUCAAGCCGAUGCUGGCAGGGCAUUCCCUGAUGCCUGAGGAGCUAGGAGGGGGAGGAGACAGCCAGAGAAGGAAGAAGAGGCUGUCCAGUCGAGGCUUUGAGCAAGUCGGCAGCACACAGAUAAAAGCGCAAGGUUGCAGAAAAGGUGGUCCUCAAAGUGUACUGGGUUCUAAGUUGGCUGCCGAUGUGGCGCAGCUCAAACAGAAGAGCCAGAGUAAAAAGACUCUCGCAGGGAUGCACUACAGGGACAAGGAGGUUUCACCGUGCAACUCCAAGCAUGGCCACAGAAGCCAGGGCAACAGGCGAGAGUCUGGGGGACACAGCGACACAGCAGCAAGUGUGGACAGUGGUCCUCAGGAGAACUGGUCUGGAGAUGUACACUGUGGAUCUAAAAAAGGGACGCCUGAUUCCGCUCAUCACAAAAAGACCGGAGCGAGGGGUAACCGUGGACAGAGGCGGGAGUCGUUGGGAGAAAGUUCUAAUCCUGAGAGUGACUCCUCAGAACAAGGAGAGGAAGAGGAGGAAGGAAGUAAUGAUAGUGACGAAGUUCAAGACAUAAGACCCCAACCAGCAAGAGAUGUGACGUCCAGCUCUCCUGUGACAGGUCCGAGUCCUUCGUCCAUUGUAAAACUAGAGGCCAAUCAGAAAGCGAGGAACAAAAAACAGAGACAGGAGCUUUAUGGCUCCCAUACGCUUUCUGGGACAGACGGGGAGGUCAAAGUACGAAAAAAGAACCCCUGUAGGUUGAGCCUGGCCAGUGCAGUCAAAAGCCGCCAUGAGGACCACAACACAGAGCGUGUUAGGAGACCAUGCGCACCCAGGUCCAAGGAGCCUCGGUGGGGAAGCCACGGCAACAGAGGCAACCGUUUCCGUCGUAGCAUGGGGCUGCCUACCUUUCCAACAACGAGUGAGAGGUUAAAGAGGGCUACACGCAAAAGCACCAUGUUGAGAGGAACAAUUAACAAGCGGAGAAAUUGCUGGGCCCCGGUGUCCAAAAGCGAGGACGGCAGCAGAGGCAGAAGAGCCGAGGAGCAACAGACAAAAGGUCGAGCAGUUAGUCGGCUCCUAGAAAGCUUUGCGGCUGAUGAGGGCUUUCAGAUGGAUGGCAGCAGCUUCUCGGAAGAGGAGGCGGAUGACAACAGUGAUUCAUGUAACAAAACCCCUGAAGUUCCUAAUUGUGUCUUGACCAAAGAACGGUUAACGGACGGACUGAAGAUACUGGUCUCAAAGGAAGAUGAGCUUCUGUAUGCUGCCAGGAUCCACACCAUGGAUUUGCCAGAUAUAUUUAGUAUUACAAUUGAUGGGGAAAGAGGAAACCGCGCAAAGAUCUAUUCAUUGGAGCAACUUCUUCGGGAAGCUGUCCUCGAUGUACGCCCAGAUUCAGAGGCUAUGUUGAGUGAUGGAACCAGGGUGUGUGCUUAUUGGAGUGAACGCUCACGCUGUUUGUACCCAGGUUAUGUUCACAGAGGGAUUUCAACCGAUGAGGCGAAGCCAGGAGUAAUGGUAGAGUUUGACGACGGAGAUCGAGGGAAGAUUUCUGUACCAAACAUCCGCCUUCUGCCGCCGGGAUAUCAAAUUCACUGUGAGGAGACAUCUCCUGCUGUGUUUGUACCCAGUGGGAGUCAGGUCAAGAAAAGCCCCAGUUUCAAUCAUGCACCCAGAGACAGAUUCAACACUGUCAGUACGGUCAAAAACAACCAACCGCUAACUUUCCAAAAAAGAAGACCAGGGAGACCAAAGGGAUCUGGGAAAAAGCAAAAGCAACAACAGCUGGCCGAAAAUGCCAAUAAAAAGUCCUCUCUUUUUGUGGCAUGGCCUUCAUUGUCCGGAACCAGGAAGAGGACUUCCCACAAUCUAUUUCAGCUCAAUGGGACACCAAGAAAAGCCUUGAGAUUGAGGGAAGAUGACUCAUUUGCCUUGAAUCAGAUCCAACCGCCUGUCUCCACCCAAUCCAAAGGGCUCUUCAGCAGUAGCUCCUUUGAGGUGGACUCCUUCAGUAGCAUUGCAAAUGGAUACUCCUCCUUCUGCAACAAGUCCACAGGAUCACGUCCAGAUUCAUCUGUUGGUCCUAAAAGUGGUCUUUAUGGACAGAGACACAGACAAGAUGAGUUGGUAGUACCGAGGGGAAAGAAGUCAGGACAAGAAUUUCUGGUCAAGUUAGAUCAUGAAGGAGUAACUUCCCCAAAGACCAAGAACAGCAAGGCUCUAUUGCUGCGAGGUGUCUCUUCUGGUGUGAGCGGAAUGCCUAAGACGGAGGCUUAUUCACAUCCGGUCCUUCUGGUUAAAGACAACAAAAAGGGUGAUAACUCUAGGGUUGAACUUCUCCUGAAAGGAACCACACCCCAAAGAAAGCAUUCCCCUUCAUUGCAUCUAGGAGAAUAUGGAGACUUGGGCUUCAGUUCGCACCGAGAGUGUCAUAGCUCCUACUCUGAUAUGGAUGAUGAAGAGGAAGAAGAGCAGGAGAGGAAAAGGACUGCACUUGCAUUGGCUUCGCAGGGUUUAAGGACAGCUGGCCAUUUCCUCUCUCAUAUGUCAGUUUCAUCCUCUUCUUCUGGUUCAUCCAGUUCCUCUUCAUCAGGCUCAAUAUCUAGCUCCAGUCUUUGUUCCUCUGACAAUGACUCCUCCUACAGCUCAGAGGAUGAGGAAAGUUCGACACUAAUGCUACAGAACUGCCUGUCCUCUCACCGGGGACUCCUACAACCCAAUGAACCCUCCACUUCCUCACGGCAACAUUCAUUUGUGGCUAAAGCGUUGGCUGUUUCCAAUACCAAAGGAUCGCCUGAUGAACACGUCUCCAACAGUAAAUCUCUUAAGAGGAAAGAGUGCAACAGUUCAAUCUCCAAGUCAUCUCGAGAAUUUGUGAAGAAACCGAGAAUGCAACCAGAUGACAUUUCAUGUAUUCCAAGGCCCAAGAUGUCCACAUUCCUUGCGGGACGCCAGAUGUGGAGGUGGUCUGGCAGCCCUACACAGAGGCGAGGCCUAAAAGGCAAGGCCAAGAAGCUUUUCUACAAGGCCAUCGUGAGAGGAAAGGAGGCAGUAAAAGUGGGAGACUGUGCCGUGUUCCUCUCAGCCGGACGCCCUAAUCUACCAUACAUUGGUAAAAUCGAGAACUUCUGGGAGUCUUGGACCUCUAGCAUGGUAGUCAAAGUUAAGUGGUUCUACCACCCUGAAGAGACCAAGCAAGGAAAGAGGCAGCGAGAUGGCAAGCACGCCCUGUACCAGUCAUGUCAUGAGGACGAAAAUGAUGUCCAGACAAUCUCGCACAAGUGCCAGGUUGUGAGUCGGGAGGAAUAUGAGAGUCUGACACGCAAUCAGAAGCCGAACAGUACCUCUCCAGAUGUGUAUUACCUGGCUGGGACAUAUGACCCUACCACUGGUCAGCUGGUCACUGCUGAAGGGGUUUCGAUCUUGUGCUGAACCUUUAUAAGGAAACUACUGAAGAAUUCCUUUGCCGGAAAUAUUAAAGUCCAUUACAUAGAAGACUCUCCUAGCCUUGUAAAGUGACAUGUGUUGCUUGGUUUAGGGCUGGCUGUCCGAGAUUACACACUGGAAACUAUUGGCAUCUAACCUUCAUGGAAGAGAAGUUGACUUCUAUUACUUGGUCCUUUGAAGAAGAAUGGCUGAACUCUGGGUCUUCCUGUGCAUCAUAGCCAUCAAUAACUGGUGUUACAUUGGUCUAACAGUCCUGUAGACCCAGCUUCUGUCAUUUGCCACCAAAACAGAGCUGGGCCCAGUACCACAAGGCAAUGGUCUCUAAGGACCAAUUCGAUUAAGGUAGCCUUACCUGAACGAAGAAGUGAAAGCGAGACUUGGGACUCUCCCAAAGCCUCCUCAUUCCAGGGAAGUUGAAAAUGUAUAAAGUUGAUGUCUGUAAAUAUUUUGAAAUUGAUCCAAAUCAAGCCAUACACUUCAGUACCUCUCACCUGUCUUCACUGUUCAGGUGUACAGAUUGUCCAGAUGGAUUAUUGUAUUGUUGUCUGUUGUAUAUACAAUAUGUACAUAAAAGCUAUUUUAUACAGGAUUAUAUUGUAUAUAUGAGAUCGUAUCUUUCCAUGUUUGCAAUUGAUUUAUUUUUAUAUGUGUAUAGAUUAUUGUUGUUGUUUUUCUUUUUGUUUCUUUCCUUCGCUUUGGGAACUCAUGAUUGAAGAUAUUAGUGUUGCACUAAGUAUGUAUGCCCUGCUGAGACAGAAACAAGACAGAUCACAGAAAGAGAGAAGGAUUUGGUGUAUAACAGGGCAAGACUCGCUCUCUGAGAGAUUUUGAGUCAUCCUGUUUUAAAAAGGUCAAGUGGCUUUUUUUGGUAAAUGUUCUGUUAUUAUUUUUUUUUACCUAUUGUUUUUUAUUUAUGUACUUCUUAAAGUCCUAGCGGACUGCGAUCAUUCAUACUGCUUUAAGAUAUGAAUGGCAGCUGUGUCAUCACUAAUCAUGUCCAUACAAAUUAAUUUAGAACAAGACUGGGCCUUUUAAUGAGAUAAUGUGCUACAUCCUAAAUACAUACCAAAGUGGCUUUAGUAUCUUUAUUUCAAUUUAACACAUGUAAAGCACCUGUAUUGAAUUUGAAUCAGAAAUCACUGAUAACGUCUACAAUACUCCUCCACUGUGUGUAUUGGCUCUGCAUUGGGACAAUGGCUUCUUGCACAUGUACCUGCAGUUUUGUCUAGUGCAAAAACAUCAAAAAAGCCUACCAGGGAGCGUGAUCAUGAAUGUCCAGGUACUGACAAAAUAUGACAUUGACCAUUCAGAAAUGUCAAUUCAGUUUGAAUAUCCUGUAUCUAUUUUGUACAGUACAUGCACAUACUCGAUACUAACUGUGAAGGACAAUCAGAUUCACAAAGCAAUGGACAAAGUUCAUUCAAUCUGAAAAUUAAGUUUAUUUGAUUUGUGCCAAGUACCUUUUGUCUACUUUGGUCUUGUUUUAUAUCCUGACUCUUGUAUUCACAAAGGUUUAUUUUGUUUGCCAACACUAUUUAUUUUCAUGUCAACCUUGCUGUUUGUUGAAAGCAAAGAGCGCUUUAUGAGAAUGUGACAUUGUUUUUAAAAUUGUCGUGAUGUCGCAUUUUGCAUUUCUUAAAUAAAAGUGGUCUUCUAGAGGCCAAACAGUGAAAAGAAAUAAAAACACUGGAUUGUUCUCAUCCACAAACAUCUGUGAA